CGGCCAAAUUGCGUAGGCGGCUUUCCCCCGACUCUUGGCCCACCGUGCGGCGCAAACCCGUCCUGGUGUUCCGGUUAGACAAGCAAUUGGCAAAUACUCACUCAUUCCACAAUGACAGUCGUUCACAUUGUUCUCUUUAAGUUUCGUGCAGAUGUCGACGAGUCACAUCGCGAGACAUUUGUCAAAGAACUCAAAACCCUCAAGACAUUACCUUGCGUCAAAGACGAGCGUCUUGUAGUAGGGGGUCCGUCGAUUACGGAUCCGAUUGCGAGGAGUAAAGGCUUUCAGAUAUGUCUGUUAAGUUUUCACCACGACAAAGCUGCGCUGGCAGCCUAUCAAGCCAGCAGUGAACAUCACAGAGUCACAAGUCAAUAUCUCUGGCCCUUUGCAGAGGAUGUAACGCGCUUUGACUUUGAAGUCGCAGAGGAGGAUGAGGAUACAUUUGAGAAGAGCUUUCAACCGUCUGGCCAAUAAGCAUAGAAGAGACUUACACGGAACUCGUCAUUACUCAUCAGAAUUCGAUAAUGCAAUGCAGAGUGCACCCC